UCCAGACUGGCACGGCUAAGGUUGCCUUUAGCCCCGUCGGAUGUCGGCGUUCGUGGCUCUGUGGAAGCCACCCUGUUGCUAAACUGCGCACGGGAGCCCCAAGGGCGGCUGGAGGACUUAGCCCAGCGUCGGCUUCAGAGCUCGUCUCCCCUCAUAGCAUACUUGCAUGGUUUGUAAUCGCAGCACCCGUGGAGCUGGGAAUGACGCGGGCGAGCAGGCAGGGAAUAGAGUCUGAUCCUCCCCCCAGCACUUUAAUUGCACUGGGAGGUGGGAGAAGGAGGAGCUGUAUUGCAGGGCUGGCAAAGGGGUGCAGAAAUCUUCUGGGGAUGAAGAAGGGGCAUCCCAUCCUUUGAGGAAGAAAAGAACGGCGUCGGAUGCCAGAGGCUGCAGGGAGCACCCCUUCCCCUGGGAACAAGGCUUUUACAAAUUUUGACUUCCAGUGUCAACAGUGUUAAUACAUUCCAGAGGGGAGUCGCUGUGUUGGUACAUUCCAGCAACACAGCAGGAAAGAAAGAGGCUAAUCCUAUCUGGUGGACUCAGCUGGGCCUGCUGGGACUCAGCUGGGCCUGCUGGGAACAAGUAAGGAGCAGUGGAGGAGUUCUCACCCCACACCUCUUUCUGGAUCCGGUAUAGGCUUUAUUCUACCACCAGCUUAACUCGUUGGUUUUAAAGAUGCCUGAUAUGAAUAGGAAACAAACAUUUUGCCAGAAUAAGUAAUUACCUGUUGCCUCCCUGGGGCGGGUUAUGUAGCAAAAGAGCUUAUCGUGGAGUCCAUAUGCUAUUGCCGAAAUGCAGCUUGUCUUUUUAUCAGGAUGAGGUAAGACGCUGUCCAGCCAACCCUCUUUUAUACUGCCUUCAGUAGCCAUUCUGAAUCCUUGUUUGCAGUGACAGACCAGGCCUUUGUGACCCUUGGCACAAAUGAUGUGUAUUGCCAUGGAGCUCUGGUUCUUGGGCAGUCCUUGAGGAAUCAUAGGACCUCUAGAAGGCUGGCAGUACUGAUCACACCCCAAGUUUCCAGUGCAAUGAGGGCUGCCCUCAGUAGCAUAUUUGAUGAAGUGGUGGAUGUGGAUGAAAUGGACAGCAAUGACUUGGUGCACUUGGCUCUGUUGAAGAGGCUGGAACUGGGUGUAACCUUUACCAAAAUGCAUUGCUGGACUCUUACUCAAUAUAGCAAAUGUGUCUUUAUGGAUGCAGACACCUUGGUACUAUGCAAUAUUGAUGAGCUAUUUGACCGGGAAGAGCUCUCAGCAGCUCCAGAUUCUGGCUGGCCAGACUGCUUUAACAGUGGUGUUUUUGUUUUCCGGCCAUCUUUAAAAACCUUUAACCUCCUCCUGAAAUUUGCAAAUGAGCAUGGCAGUUUUGAUGGAGGUGAUCAGGGACUACUAAAUAGUUUCUUUAGCAACUGGGCAACAACAGAUAUUAGCAAACACUUGCCAUUUAUCUAUAAUCUAAGUAGCAGUGCUGUCUACACCUAUGCCCCUGCUUUCCAAUAUUUUGGCAAAGAUGCAAAGGUAGUCCAUUUCUUGGGACCAGCAAAGCCCUGGAACUACACAUAUAAUCCUCAGACAGGAACAAUUAUAGAGGAUGGUUCAGCCUCAGUAUCUCAGAAUCAACUAUCAUUUCUUGAACUCUGGUGGAAGACCUACAGUUCUAGUAUAUUACCAUUACUGGAAAAAUUGCAGGCACUUUCCAUGUCAGAAGUACAGACAGAAGAAAUAGAAAAGCCCAACUUGAGUGGAGAUGAAAUUGAAUUCAAGGAAGGAAAUCAUGUCGUUAGCAAUUCUUUGCCAGUCUCUGCGAAUUCAGAACAUGUAUUAGAAACUGUUAUAAGUUCCUCUGAUGAAUUUUCCACCAAAAAUUCUGUACAGAAACCUGAGUGCAGUCUUGAAGUCAAAGUUGCUGGGCCCAGUGAAACAUCCACACAGCCCACUGUUCAGCUUAUCCCACAGCACACUUUGGAAAUGGAUGAAAUUGCUAUUUCUGCUUCAGAACAGUCUAUUCAGCCUACUCCUGAGGAGCCAAGUGCAGAAGAUGAAAGAAGAAAAUGGGAGGAAGGCCACAUUGACUACCUGGGGAAGGAUGCUUUUGAAAACAUUAAAAAAAAGCUGGAUUCCUUUUUAUUAUAGAUCUUGCUUUUGUAUUCUUAUACCAUCCAAUCACUGUUUGUCUCUCAUGUAUGUCUCUUCAGCAUAAGGUAUUUGCUGUUUUUUUCAGGAGGAAACGAAAACAAAAAUAGCUCUUGACCAAUUGCAGUGCUUGUUGCAUACCAGGUUGCAAUGCUUGGGCCCAGAGAAUGAAGCACCCUGGGCAGCAGCCAGACUAAGUUUAGUCAUGACUAAGUCCCAUUGACUUGCCCUGACUUGUAUCAACGAUGCAGGAUCAUGACCAACUCAUCUGGAUGCUGCUCAGUGGAUUUAUGAAGCUGUCUGAUAUCAAAUCAAGCAGUUUGUCUUGCCCAGUACUGGGCUACUCUGCCAGAGUCUCAGCUGGGGUUCGCCCCUGCCUUGGUAUGCGAGAACUUUAACUGGAGAUGUCACGGGCUGAACAUGGGGCCUUCUGAAAACAAAAUGCUUCUGAAUAGCUUUGGGUGGCUCAAUUCUCUGUGCUUGCCCACUCAAGUACAGCUCGCCCACCAACUACAGCUCGCCCACUCAACCCUGUUCCUUACGAGUGGGGAUUGUGAUGUGUCAGACCAAUUUACUUAGUUUUUUGAUCAACUUCUGUUAAUGAACAUGGUCUGCACUUGGAACCCAAUAGAACACAUGCUCUGUUUCUCAAGUGCAAAGAGAUAUUGUCUAUGCUAAAUGAAACGUUUUUAAAAAAUAUUAUUAUUAACCUGUAGUGCCUCAUGGAGUGUUUCACUUUUAUCUGAAAUCAUGCCAUGAAAAAUUGCUUUACCUUAAUAGACCAACACUCUUCUUCAGUAGUGUAGUACAAAUCUUGGAAGUGAGAAAUCCAAAGGCUUUUAAGGCAGAACUAAAACAUACAGGGCACAAUCCAGUCUCUCAUGGGUACAGCACCUAUGCAUUGGAAGGGUCUUAUAGGUUCAAUAGAGCUUUGCUUUUUCCUCUUCCUUUGCCUACCUGCAUGCAAGGAGGACACUUAGGGAAGAGUGUGCGUUUUGCAUCUCCACUUGUCCACGGAACUGGCGAUGGCCGGUUUGACAGUGUGUGUGUGGGGGUUACCUUUUAAGGAGCAGGAAGGUUGUUCUCUCCCCCCCCCCCCGCCACAUUUAACCCGCUGGUACUAUCAGAGGCAGCAAGGAGGACCAUUUUUAAGGACAGUCCCGGUGGGGAAAAUGUGGUGGUGGCAGUGGGAGAGCACCUCCCUUCUCCUUAAAGGUAACCCCUCCGCCAGACCUUUGGACCAGUUCGGAGGUCCGUAAAAGGGCUUCUGAACCAGUUCGUGCACAUCCCUAAUUCCACCCAGCCCUCCUUCUUUGCUUAGUGUAUGUUAGUCAUGCUUGUAUCAAGAUGCAAGGAUUGGAUAGGGACUUUCCAUUGCAGUUACCUAUGUGCGCAUGCACUGUAUAGGAAGAGGGCAAUGGGGAGCAACAAAGAUGUACUGGGUCUAUAGCAAUGCUCUGUGUGGGCACUGUAUCUCUAGUGUACUAGAUUAUGUUCAUUGUUUUCAGGAAUUACUGGAAGGGGAAAGUUGUUCAUCAGUUCUUAUAAUGGUUCAAUGGGAAAUCAAGUACUGUACAUUUUUCUUUAAGGUUUACUAUAACUAAAGAUCUGGAGACCCUUAUUAACUUUUAGGAAAUCAGAGUGAGCAGCUUUCUACAGUGGUGCUAAUAUAGGUUUUUUUCUAAAUUGCUUUGAAACUUCAUGUAUUUGACAACUAGAGGAAAGUAGCUUGAGUACAUGUUUCUAAGUGCAAAGGAGACCAAAUUUCAGUAUAUCUGGGACAGCUGGAGAAAGGGACCUAAUUGCUUUUUAAUCUUCAGUAAGAUGACUAUUCGUAGUAGUAUUUAAACUGCAUAUAUAGUUAUAUAAAUAACUGCAAGUAGUAUAUCCCUGGGACGUCUAUGUCCAGUACAUUUGGAAUGUAGAUAUGGCAAUAUGGAAGUAAUUAGAUCACUUUUUCUCAUUGUCCCUUUGCUUAUUCAGCCAAUAAGCAGAAAUAGUUCAUCACCCUAGAAGUCCUUAAAAAUGCAGUCCUGAACAGACUUGCUAGGGAAUAAGCCCAUUGAACACAGUGAGACUUGCUUCUGAGUAAACAUGCAUGUGAUUAUACUGUAAAACGUUUAAUGGUAAAGCUACUGUUUCCUAAGAAAGACUGUUUUCUUUAAGAACCUAUCAUAAGUAUUAGCAGAGCCCUGGAUUAUUUUUUUCCUGUAUGGUAAUUCUGAUGAGGAACUACCAAAGGACAUGUCAAUAAAACAGUAACUGGAGACUAUUGCCCUCUCAAACAAAAAAUCCUAAAACCUAUUGCCUAAUUUCGGAUGCAUUAAGAUAGUGUCCACCAUAGUUUGCAUUCUAUCUGUAUUUUACUGUGAAUAUUAUAUCUCUUUCAUAACUGGAGGGAUUGAAUUCCUAAGUCUGCCACUUGUAAGCUUCUUAAAAGGGUUUCUGAUAUUAGUUGAACUUUCAUUUUACAAAAGUUUGGAGGUUUUUGUACUUACACAUUUCCCAUCUAUUCCUAUAAUGGAUAAAUCCUGAUCUUGUAAAUAUAUAGUAAAAGGUAGCAAUCUUGCUUUCCCAUCCCCAACUUUUGUGUUUUUGCAUUUUGGUUACAUUGUUCAUAAACAAAUAAACACUUUAUAUUCUUGA